GGGUAGCCGAGAAUCUUACCCCUAAGUGUGCUUAAUUGGGUCAGCUCUUAGCGGCAGGCACACGCUCUCGCCAAAUUCUCCUCAACUCCUGGAUUCCAGGCAUGGCAGGACACAAGAAACUAGAAAAUGAAGACGAGAAACCAAAAGAUCUUGAAGUCUGCGAGAUCGUAGUGAAACCCAAGGAUGUAGACGAGCGAGGAGCAUGGGGCAACAAAGUUGAAUAUCUACUGGCGUGUAUUGGACUGGCUGUGGGUCUGGGAAACGUAUGGAGGUUCCCUUAUCUCUGCCACAAACACGGAGGAGGCGCCUUCCUGGUCCCCUACUUUAUCUGCCUCAUAUUCGAAGGAGUCCCCCUUAUGUACCUGGAAAUGGCUGUCGGACAGUUCUUCAGAUCUGGUUCUGUGAACUGCUGGGGUAAGAUCCACCCCAUGCUAAGGGGUAUUGGUGUUGGUUGCGUCUGUGUAUCCAUGCUGCUCUGUCUAUACUACGUCAUCAUCAUCGCCAGAUGUUUCCUUUACUUCUUCAACUCUUUCACCGCGAGUCUGCCCUUUAACGUUUGUGCAGAUGUUGCUGGAAAACUGCUGAACGAAACAUGUUGUGAACGAAGCAACGACCGAGCCAACUACUACUACUGGAACAACGUUCUACAGGCAUCGAGUGGGUUUAACGACAUUUCUAACUUCAACUGGGCUCUGUUGGGUUGUUUGGCGCUCUCUUGGGUCAUCUGUUACAUCUGUGUGUUCAAAGGUGUGGAGAGCUCCGGAAAGGCGGUCUAUUUCACGGCUACGUUCCCUUACCUCUGUCUGGUGAUCCUCUUCUUCCGUGGAGUAACCCUCCCUGGUGCAGUGGACGGUAUCCUUGUCUACGUUAAACCUGACUUUGCUAGACUACUAGACGGACAGGUAUGGUUGGAUGCGGCUACACAGAUAUUCUUCUCGCUUAGUUUGGGUUUCGGAGCUCUUGUUGCAUUCGCCAGUUACGUUCCCUACAAGAACAACGUCGGAAGGGACGCAAUUAUCGUUUCUCUCGUGAACUGUGGUACCAGUAUCUUCGCUGGCUUCGUCAUCUACUCCAUCCUUGGAUACAGACAAAAUCAAGGCAUUGGAAAUAUCGAAGAUGUAUCAAGUGGAUCUGGUCUUGCUUUUGUUGCCAUCUCUGAAGCUGUGAGCAAGAUGAAUGCCCCCUACGUUUGGGCUAUCCUCUUCUUCACAAUGCUGAUCUUGCUGGGUCUGGACUCUGAGUUUGGUACCUUGGAGGGAGCUGUCACGCCCCUUAUCGUGGAUAUGAAACUCUUCCCUACUGUCAGAAAAGAGAUCGUGUCAGCUGUAUUCGCUGGUGUUCUUUUCGUCCUCGGUAUUGGUUUCUGUAGUGGUGGAGGGGAGUACAUGAUCAUAGUCUUCGAUACCUAUGGUAUGAAUAUCCCUAUUCUGAUCCUAGCCCUGAGUGAGUGUCUGGCAGUUGGAUGGGUAUUCGGAACAGACAACAUGAGUGCUGCUAUCGAGGACAUGCAAGGUCAUAAACCUUCUAAGUUCUUCACCAUCUGCUGGAAAUAUAUCUCUCCCUUCCUUUUGAUCGUUAUCUUUAUCGUCACUUUCGUACAGAACAUGAUGAAAAGUCCUCAAUACCCUACCUACAUUGGAUGCGACGAGGACUCGGCUGACUUGGUGAAGGUAGUAGAAUUGCCCUUGUCUGCCCAGUUGAUUGGUUGGGUUAUUGUGGUGUGCGCUGUCUUCCCAAUCCCUCUCUACAUGUUCUUGAACCGGAAGUCGGAGCCCAAUAAGAUGGAGUUCUUGAAGAGCAUCUUGAACUCUGUGAAUGAAGAUAGACACUACGAUAUGGAGACCUUGUACCAUAGACCUGGGCAGUCAGUUAUGUCCAACGGAGACCAUAAAAACGGAGGAUUGAACGGUUUCAGUGAUAAUGAGAGACGUCUAAUAAGGGGGUGACCCACUUUUCACCCCUCUAAUACAUACCCCUAUUUUAGACCCAAAACGUUACCCUGAAACGUACGUCAGUGUCUAAUCCCAACCCAUGAAAUCAGCUUAUUUAAGAACCAGUUUAGAUGACAAAUCGGCCAAAUAAUUGGGAUAUUUAUCAUCAUGAAAUGUGUAUAAACACACUAUAAUAUUGCUAUCGGUGGAAAUAUCCCCGAUUUAAUUAUAUCAACGCUACUAUACGGAUAAUUUUACAUAGUCAGUUGUAGGAAUUCCUCAGCCGGCUUUUCCUAUAACCAAACCCAAACCCUGACACCUAUUUAAAGCAACUGGGGGGGUGAAAAGUAGGAGGAUAAAAUUUCCUUCUCCCCUCUGAAAUAUUCUGAGUCAGCUUCAAGUGUUAAAUUGUGUCUCAAUCUCUUAACAUCGUCUGGCCGUAGCUCAGUGAAUUCUCAGUGAAUUUGCUGAGAAUUCACUAAAUUGCCUCGAUCUCCGAAUAGGAAGAUGAGAUGUCUUCUUGCAAUGUGCCUGGAAACAUGUUGCCAUGGAAACAUGUGUUAUAUAGAUGUGUGUAGGACUGUAGGAGCUUAUACGUUUUAAAUUAUUAGGAACUGUAGCAUUGUAUUAGAGGAUGCAUGUAACUAGGAACGCCUGCAUGACCCAUUAGGAUAUAACUUAUUUUGUAUACCAUUUUUUCGUGUUUAAAGCGGUGACUAAAAGAUUUUAGCUAUAUUGUACUUACAAGAGUACUCUUAAAGUGUUGUUAUAAUUUGGUAUUAAAUUAUUAUCAACUUGUCUUUUAUUUAAGCAAGAAAGCGGUGUGUGAUGUUUCCAACGUUUGUUUGGUAGAUGUUUAUUAGAACAUGAUAGUUUAUCAUAAAUUAGAAUAAUUUUAACGGUCGUUAGAACGGUCGAGUUGUUUUCUCACAUAGGAUUAAACAUUAGUUUCCUAAACGUGGUUUUCCGAAUUUUCAUGCUGUAUCAACCGUCACCACGAUUAACUUAGUUAAUGAUUUUUACUGCAAAAUAGUCAAUUUAAAAAUUAAAUAUCUCCGCUUUGAUUGAAUAUCUUUUAAAAUCAUGAUUUAUGCAGUUUUGAUUGAAUUUCUUUCAGCUUUGAUGGAAUUUCUUUUAAAAUCGUGAAAGUUUUUGUUAUCUGAAGAACGAAGAAUCACUGAAAGAAGGGGCACCACGUUUUUAGUUGAUAAUAGUUUGUUUUAGGAGAUGGUUGUCCGAGGGGUAUCUUCAUUCCGCUCGUGUAUUACGAGAUUACAUCUUUAUGAUUUAUCUUUUCGGGCAGCUUACCGUUUAUAUUUUUAUGCAGAUUGCAUCCUGUACCAAUUUAUAUUUGCCAUGAUUAUUUGAGCUGACAGAGGUUAACUCUGGUUAAUCGGCAUAUGAUCGCUAUUGAAUAGUGAAUAGAUUUUCUAGAGUCUCGUAGAGGACAUUGUAAUAUAAAUCUAACUCGCAGCAUGAAAAUACCUGUAGUUCGAGUGUUUUGUUGGUUAAUGCAUUAUUAGAAUUUAAAAACUCGUUUUGAAGUUUUGACCUGAAAGUAGGCCGAUAUAACGAGUUUGAUAACUAGGUAUUGUCGCUACUGUGUAACUGUAAUUAUAGGCAUUAGACUUGGUUAAUUGUUGGGAGGAGAGCCAUAUUGACUUUGACACGUGAUAUUGAUAUUGAGUCGUAACAUAGUCAUAUGGACUUUCCUCUCGGCAUUAACCCAGUCUUAGGUUUUGGUUCUUUUGUAAGGGGUAGUGACGUCAUGGUCAACCAAUAUUUUCUAAUUUGUGUUGGACUUAUCAGUUAGACUUAAGUAGGUUUCUGGAAUUCUUUUAUAACCAAAUUUUAUCGUUAUCAGUUA